UAAAAACAUACCAUUUUUUUAUUUUUAGGUUAGAAUAUUACAGAUACCAAAACAAAAUCUCUAUGUAGUAUUUAUUCAAUGAGUGUGACAUCUUUACUAACUGCUACGACAACAGCCACUACAACAAGAUCUUCUAAAAAUGGCUUAAGUAACGGUUCAGACAAUGCUCCGCUGUUACGAAACCCAUCAGAACUUCAACUAAAACUAGAAAAACAGUUGCAGAAAUCAAGACAAGUCAGGGCUGGACCACCAGUUACAAAAAAUACAUAUAACACAAAAAUACGUUCAGUGCAUGAGCAGAUGCCACUGGUUUCUAAUCGGAAUGGUGGUUUUGACGAUAUAAAUUUACAAAAUAAUGAGCAUGAUAAUGAUGAUGACGAGGAUGAGGAGGGGGAGAUUGUUAUUUUUAAACAGCCAAGUAAAGGAAAAGCGCUUUCCGAUUAUUCAUCCGAUUGUACAGAUCAACUAUUACGAGAUGGAUUCAGGCUGGAUGAAUUAUCUGAUGAUGAAGAUUUAGACUUGAUUCCACCGAAAUCCGCAGACGCAACGUGGUGUUCUUGUGACAGCAUGCCUUCGUGUAGUAUACAGUAACAUUCCUCUGCUUGUUUCGUCGUUUUUUUUUCUGUUUAAGCAAAAUAACAAAGAAGGCUGUACACUUUUUUAUAUAAGAAGGCUGACAGUAUAGGUACUUCAACUGCUAAAAUAUGGCGAGAGUACUGAAAAAACUUUUCGAGGGUACAAAACA